AUGUCGGGCGACAAGCUUCUGAGCGAACUCGGCUAUAAGCUGGGCCGCACGAUAGGAGAGGGCAGUUACUCCAAGGUAAAGGUGGCUACGUCCAAGAAAUACAAGGGUACAGUGGCCAUCAAGGUGGUAGACCGGCGGCGCGCGCCGCCCGACUUUGUCAACAAGUUCCUGCCACGCGAGCUGUCCAUCCUUCGGGGAGUGCGGCACCCACACAUCGUGCACGUCUUCGAAUUCAUCGAGGUGUGCAACGGGAAGUUGUACAUCGUGAUGGAGGCGGCCGCCACCGACCUACUGCAGGCGGUGCAGCGAAACGGGCGCAUCCCCGGGGGGCAGGCUCGCGACCUCUUCGCGCAGAUCGCCGGUGCCGUGCGCUACCUACACGACCACCACCUGGUGCACCGCGACCUCAAGUGCGAAAACGUGCUGCUGAGCCCUGAUGAGCGCCGCGUCAAGCUCACCGACUUCGGCUUCGGCCGUCAGGCUCACGGAUACCCCGAUCUGAGCACCACCUACUGCGGCUCUGCCGCCUACGCGUCGCCCGAGGUACUGCUGGGCAUCCCCUACGACCCCAAGAAGUACGACGUAUGGAGCCUGGGCGUCGUGCUCUACGUCAUGGUCACCGGGUGUAUGCCCUUCGACGACUCGGACAUCGCCGGCCUGCCCCGACGCCAGAAGCGCGGCGUUCUAUACCCCGACGGCCUCGAGCUGUCCGAGCGCUGCAAAGCACUAAUAGCCGAGUUGCUGCAGUUCAGUCCGUCGGCCAGGCCCUCCGCGGGCCAAGUAGCGCGCAACGGCUGGCUGCGAGCGGGGGACUCCGGCUAG